UUUCGCGGCAGGUGGAUUGUACAAGAGUCAGUUAAUCCAUGGAUUUGCCCUCUACAUCAUCUCAAGGGGGUGGCAAUGAAGUUGUUCGUUCGAACACGGUUCUUAAGAAAACUAAACUCGUUCAAGGUAUGAAGAGUCUGUUAUAUUCACUCGGCUACGAUAGGAAAGGCAAGAGUCUCGAGAAAGGGCCCGUAAUAGAGUUGCAUAAAGAACUAGUAGAUUUGUUUAUCGAGCAAAUAAUUGACGGUAAAUGUGAUGAAAGUCAAUCUACACUGCUUGAUGUUUGUAAACAUGCUGACAAGAUAUCCUUGCUUAUAUUGGAGCGAAAAUUUUACGAACUUUUAUCUGAAGACAAAGUCAUGGAAUCUUGUAAGACUAUCGGGCUCGAGAUCGCUCCACUUGAUAACAGUGAUGAAAUAACUCGUGAGCUCUCUUCUCUGAUUAUAUCUCCAUCCGAGAAUUUAUGCGGUCAAGAAUCGGGAAUCAGGUCUCGUAAGAGAGUAUUAAAGGAUUUAGGAAAACUGCUUCUCCCAAAAAAAUCAUUGAAGCCUAGUUAUCAACAUGGAAAAGACGAGGUUCCGUACAUAACUAUACAGACAUUAAAGAAUCACGGGCUGGGUGAAGUGUGGUGCGUGCAAUUUUCUCCCUGUGGGAGAUACUUGGCUGCCACGAGUGGUAAUGAUGUGAAUAUGUCUGAGAUUCGGCCGUCUCGCGGGAUUGUGCGUCUGACUCCAUUAGUGGGCCACAUCCAACCUGUCUCGUAUAUUACAUGGAGAGACCCCAAUGAUCUUCAACUUCUGACCUGUGGUGUAGAGGAGACCGUGAAGCGGUGGAAAAUUUCUCCCACGGGAGACGUCUCCUGUCUCCACACGUACCGAAAAGAGAAUCUUGGCACAGUCUCGUGUGCGUGGGCCCGAAAUGGGAAGAGUAUAUUCGCUGGUCUCAAUAACGGCAAUAUUGUCAGGUGGAAUCUAGAAGGAGAAGAGGUUGGAUUUUGGGACGGCAGGAGAACCACGAUGAUUGCUGACCUGGCGAUCACUCGUAACGGGAGGGAGCUCAUAACUACCCGUGAUUACAAUACGAUACUUUUCUUCAGAUGGGAAACCGGGUGGGAGAGAUUCAUCUACGAAGAUGGCGAUAUAGUUUCGUUUUCAAUGUCGGAAGAUGGUUGUUAUCUGCUUGUUAGCUUGGCCGAUGAAAGAAUUAAUCUGUGGGACAUAAGACCUGUACCUCCCCGGUUGGUGAGGACUUUCGAGGGGCAUACACGUAAAAGAUACGUUGUGAGGGCUUGUUUUUGUGGACUGUUUAUUGCUAGUGGAAGCGAGGACUCCAACGUACACGUAUGGUGUAAGGCAUCGGGAAGGCUGGUUGGUGUGUUUGUUGGUCAUUCGGACACUGUGAACUGUGUGAGCUGGAAUCGAGCUCAUCCUCGUAUGCUGGCUUCUGGAAGCGACGAUCGUACGGUAAUUAGAUGGGCUGUUAAUGCCCACACGUAUCAGACUGUUGUGACAAGAGAACUUAAUUACAUGUGAGUUGUAAUGUAAUCUCUUCUUUCAACACAAUUAUUAUUAUUAUUUAUUUGAUGAAAUCUCUUACAAUUUUCCCUUCACCUGACAGGAUUGAAUGAAUCAAUACUAGAAAAUCUCAUAAAGGAAGAGAUGUAAAGGAUUGGCAGUUGUGUAAAGGAUUUUCUUGAUCGUACUUUUUUUUUUUUUUCCAGCUCAAAGUGUUUUUAGUUGUAAAGGAAUGUAAAUCGGACGGAUCUGAUCGAAAUUAACACUUUUGGAAAACCCAAUUUUUCUACGGAAGUGAAACAGUAAUUCCGUUACAAACAAAUUCAAGAAAAUCGGAAAUGGGAAUUUCAAAAAUUAGAAUAAAAUAGCUUGUUCCAA